ACCAGUUACCAGCCGGUACAUUUCUAUCUUAAACCGUGUCUACUGUAAAUUUAAAGUUAAUGUCCAUAAAAAAAAAGUAAACAAAUCAUUAUGCUGUCUAUUCUUAAGAUUUUUAUUAUCAUUUCUAUUUUAUUUGCUGCUUUAGUCUUUGCCGCAGCUGAUGAACCUGUAACAGAUUCAGUAGAAACUGGUUUGUAAGAUAAUUUUACUUUUAUUACUAAUUAAUUAAUUAUCUAAUUACUGCACUUUUAAUUUGAAUGAAUUAUUAAAUGGUAAUCUACCAUUUGAGCGUCGGCCAAGAAAAAAUCCAGUUGUUCCGGUUGGAAGGGCUAUUUAAACAACUAUUCUUAUAUUGGAGUCUGUUAAUAUGGUAAAAGUCUAAAGUGCAGUUCAGGUGCGUAUAUUAUUUCUUAGCGAAUUUCGUAUUUUAAAAAAUUGUAUCAUGUAAACUUACGUGUAUUCUUUAAUUUUAAUAAUUAAAUACAGGCAGUUAUAGUUAACUAAUUCUGAAUUAUAAAUCGCAUCUUUUCUUUUUAUUUUACUUCUAAAGAGUCUUUAUCCAUCCCCCAACCAAAGUGACACAGCCCUAUUUGUUUGCAUUUUUCUUUUCACCCUAUGCCAGAUUUUUAGCCACCUAUAAGUUAGUAUGCUAAACGAAAUAACAAUUGCAAUGUGGCUUGUAAGCUGGGUUCAUAUGUGAGCUCCCUAUAAUUACCGGGAUCUGCAUAUUACGGGAUCUCACAGUAACCGGUAUCCCACCAGGAUCGGUAACCCACUGGAUCGGGAUCCCACCGGGAUCAGGAUCUCACUUGGAUCAAAAUCCUAUAGGGAUCGGAAUCUCACCGAAACGGGAUCCCACCGGAAUCGGGAUCCCACCGGAUUGGGAUCUCAUUUAGUUUGGGAUACCACAUGUUUUACAUGUUUUUAAUACUUGUAAAGGGCUUAGAGCUUUAAGGUAAGCGCUAUAUAAAAAUGCCUAAAUAAAUAAAUAAAUGGAUCUCACCGGGAUCGGUAUCUUACCGGGAUCGGGAUCCCACCAUGACCAGGAUUCUAUCGGAAUCACAUUGGGUUCAGGAUCCCAUCAUGAGCCUUCCGGGUGCCAUCGGAAAACGGGAAAAACGAAAGGUUUACAUAAGUUAUUUUAAGUGUUUUUAUAAGAGUCAAAUUAAUUAUUAUUUUUUUUACUAUAGUUUUGUUGUUGACAUUUCCUUUAAUAGCAAUGUGAACUAAAAGAUGUUUUUUUCUCAAUGCAACCCCGGGCAACUCCGGUUAUAGUUGAUAGUAAAGUUAUAAAAUAAAUACAUCAUUUAUUUUAACUAGAUUCAUCCAACUGGGCAACUUUUAUAAAGUAUCUUUAAAGACAGAAGAGUUAUCCUUGAUUUACCAUAACGGCUCCGUAAAACAAGAAAGAUUCAUAACAAUGAAUUUUUUUUAUCUAAUAAAAUUUGUUAAAUUGUUGUUGUAUUCCAAUAUAAAGAUAAAGAUGGUAUAUAACUUUUAAAAUACUUUUUAUAAGGAAUUAACAUAAGUUUACACUGGAAAAUAAGAGAUUCAAACAGAAAUAAUAUACGCACCUGAACUGCACUUUUACCGUAAAUAUUUUUGCUUUCGUAUAGGAUAUAAAGUUAUAUAGACUGGUAUAUUGAUUGGGUAAGGGAGGGGAAGGACUUUUGUCUUGAACCUACGACUCGUUUCCUAACUAUUUAAAAAAAAAAAAUUGUCCAUUAUUAUGGGAAUGCAUACGUACAACCAAUGUCAUUAAAAAUAAUAUAAUAUAAGAAUAGUUGUUUAAAUAGCCCUUCCAACCGGAACAGAUGGGUUUUUUUUGGCCGACGCUCAAGUGGUAGAUUACCUUAAAUGAAAGGUAAUUGAAUGGACUAUAUGUUUGUAAACUUACUUCUUCAGUUGAACUAAAAUAAACUAUCACAAAUGACAUCCGAAUAGCUUUUUUUUUUGGCCGACGCUCAAGUGGUAGAUUACCUUAAAUGAAAGGUAAUUGAAUGGACUAUAUGUUUGUAAACUUACUUCUUCAGUUGAACUAAAAUAAACUAUCACAAAUGACAUCCGAAUAGCUUGAGUCUAAUGGUAGCCGGGUGCGAAUGGCGGCGCUGCGUGUCUGGGGUCCAUGUUGACUCAGUUUGAUACCUCAUUUUUUCAUACAAACCCAACAAUGAAAUUUUUAAUAGUUUUUUAAUCCCAACCUCUCACUUCUGGUACCCGGGUACGAAUAGCCGCCACUUUGUUUUUUAAAUUACAUUAUACAAAUCCAUUUCAGCAGAUAUAUAACAUAAUUAUAAUACCACCGUGGACAGUGUGAGAGGGUCACUGGGUUGUCGGUGGCGUAGAAAGAGAGAGUGGGCAUUGUUUUCUAUGUUUUCAUUGUGCCAGACCGAUGUGCGUUGAUGUUACAAGAGUGUAUUGGAAGAUAUAUUCUUUCAGGCUUACCGAUUUUAUCAGCAGGGUGGGCGGCUUAUGCCAAUAUAGACCAAAUCAGAAAUGGAAUAUACAAAAACAAUUUUGUUGAUUCAAUAUGUUACAAGAGUGUAUUGGAAGAUAUAUUCUUUCAGGCUUACCGAUUUUAUCAGCAGGGUGGGCGGCUUAUGCCAAUAUAGACCAAAUCAGAAAUGGAAUAUACAAAAACAAUUUUGUUGAUUCAAAUGAUGUUGAUGUCCACACACAGUUUGCCACCAGCUGGAUCUUUUCCCUUCCUAUUGAAACAAAUUUAUUUUCUGCAAACGAUAUCGUGGAAAUGAUAUUUUUUUAAACUUCUUUGUCACCUUGGGUGAGAACUAUGAAUAAUUAAUAAAUUAUUUAAAUUCUUCUCUCUAAAAAAUUUUGAAUUGUUUCAGUUUUUCUAUUUAUAAUCGUAUGGCUUGUAUUAUUUGUAUUAUAUAUGUGCUGAAACAAAUAUGUACUAACAAUGUGUUUAAAAAAAAAUUCCAUCAUUUUAUAUCUUAUCAUAUAAAAGAAUAGUUGUUUAAAUAGCACUUCAAUGCUUCAAACUGGAACAAAUGGAGUUUCUUGGUCGAGCUCACGUGGUGGAUUACAAUUUUUUUGUUGGAAUACAACAACCAUUUAGGUUAAAAAAUUGUAUGAUAUAAAAAAAAGUAUAUUUUAUGAAUAUUUUGUCUUUCAUGGCGCCAUUGUGGUAAAUCGUGUUAACCGGUCGGAACCGAUCGUGGUAGUAAGUCGAGCACUAGCUGUAUUUAAUUAUGUCUAGCGAGGUGUCAGAUAUUUCUUUCUAAACCAGUGGUGGGAUUAGAAAAUUUUAAAUAUUUAAGUAUCUCAUGGUCUAGGCAUCUUGGACAUCCGUGCAGGGCCAUGGAAAGGUGGUACUCACCAAGUGUGUCAUUACCAAGGGGCUCAUUUUCUAUACACUCUGGAAUGUAGUUUCAGGCUCCGCCCAGGUGCCACUUUUUCUACACACGGUCCCACAUCCAUUUCGGACAUAAAGCGUCUAGACUUUUUUGUCUAAUAAAAGAGUCAAGUUUAUUUUUUAAAUUUGUGAUGAUUUUGUAGCCAAUAAAUAGUUGGUUAUUUACAAAAAAAUGCGGGAAAGUAAUGAAAUAAAUGGCUAUAGCAAAGUGAGUACCAGAACAAACAGAUUACUAUUAAAGUAAGACAAAUUAUAUAGAACCACUAACACUGUCUCUCAUUUUAUUCAGCACAAACUAGAAAUAAUUAAUCAUGCUAAAAUUAGGGAAUUAUCCAUUGACACUUUUAUAGUUUAAAGUUUUAGACUAAAUAUGUAUGAUUCAUAAUGACAUAUAUGAAUAAUAUAUAAUACAGUCUUCAAGCCUACUCUAACUCAUUUUAAAAUUUUGACUGCAUCUAUUUGCACUUUGACAGGCAAUAAUGACUAAUUAUCUUCUUUUUUUCAUUUAGAUGACGAGAAUGAAGGAAAUAAUGAUGGAUCACUUAGAUAUGAAGAUUCUGUUCUGGUUCUAGGUUCAGACAACUUCGAGGAAGCUAUUAAUGAUAACUCUAUCAUUCUUGUUGAAUUUUAUGCUCCAUGGUUUGUACUUUUACAACAGUAACCUUACAAAUAAAAUGAGUUCUGUUUAAAGUAAAAGUUUAGUAACACUACACUAUUUUUUUAAAAUCCUAUUUUUUUAAAUUCUUUUAAAACUUUUUAGGAACAAAUUAUAGUUAACUUUAUAAAGUCCUUUACUUGACAAAAUGGUCAAAUAAAACGUCAAUUUUAGAAUUGUUUAUGAAUAUUGUUUUUGCUGAUCACUAUCAUGUUGAUGUUAUUUGGUUUUUUAUUUAAACUAUGUUCUCGUUUUCGAAUUGUUUUUCAAACACUCAAACUUUCAUGUAUUAAAAAUAUUAAUUUUAAUUGUCUUCUUUUGACAGGUGUGGGCAUUGUAAAAGUCUAGCACCAGAGUAUGCAGCUGCAGCUAAAGAGCUUGCAUCAAAUGAGCCACCUGUGGUUCUUGCAAAGGUCGAUGCAACCGUUCAUAAUGAGCUGGCUAAAAGGUGAGAUCAAUAAAUCAUUUCCGUCACCAAGAUGGUCUUUAGCCAAAUUUAUAUUUUUAAAAUCAAUAUAUAGCUGAUUGCAGUAGAUUGAUAUCAUGCAAUACAGUAGCAAACAUGCCGACCUGCAAGAUCAAAACUCUUUACACAAAUUUCCAAAGCGCUGUGCAAAAAUAUAAAAAUGGGUACACAAAAAAAAAAUGUGUAAAUAUUUUUAAUUGUUGAUUCUUGUCAUACUCGUUUCAAUUGAUCACUCUUUUUAAUGCUAGCUUUUUUUCUCUUUCUAAAAUGACCUAUUUAGUUUUGAAUGCAGUGUCUGUUUUUAUUUUACGCUCUUUAAUGCUAACUUUUUUCAAAAGUUUUGCCCAUUAAACUUAAAGUUUUUAGCUGAAUACUUACCAAGGAAAACUUUUACAAAAGGUAAAAAAUAAUUUUCUUUGCUAUUGACUCUAGAACUUAGUCUUAAUAACUAAAUUAAUCACCUCUCGUUGGUUCUAUUUGACUAUUUAUCGCAAUAAUUUUCAGGUUUGAUGUGGAGGGAUACCCUACAUUAAAGUUUUUUAAAAAUGGCGUUAAGUAUGACUAUGAUGGCCCAAGAUUCACAAGUGGUAGGUUUAACAUUAAAUUUGAUAAGCAAUAUUGUUAGCUGGACUCUGAUGUGAGAUAAACAAGUUACUGCCGUACCAACAACAUUGGAAAAGCUAUCAAUAUCAAAGAAAGUCUAUAGAUUGUAAGAUGAAUAGUGGGAAUCAUCAUGCUGCUCUCACUACCCAGGAGUGUCAUCCCCAACAGCCUGUGGGAUGUCAACCAAGCAAGCACAGAAUAUAAUUUAGUUUAAAAAAUGGCUUAGGCAUAAAGUAUGUUCCAUCACAGGUGGCCAAGAAUGGGAACAGUUGACAUACAGAGACAAUUCAGUCACUUAUUCCCCAAUGUCUCACUAGGGGGUGGGGUAGGGCUGGAACAAAGACGAAUUAUAACUGAUAUUGUUCUGAUCACCACUGAUGUAAUGAGACAUCAUUAAUUUUAAAUAAUAAUGCACACUGCAAAUAAUGAAUUGUGGACUUGGUGUAUUUGGUUUUGUGGUUGAUCCAUACUUACAAGACUUAGAUAACAUUUUUUUACAGAUGUUUAAAGAAGUAAAAAAUGAAAUUCUGUUUUGUUUUUUCAGGAAUUGUUGAGUACAUGAAAGAAAGAGCUUCACCUACCUGGGAACCUGAGCCGGAUGCUGUUGUGACCUUGACCCAAGAAAGCUUUGAUGAUUUUGUGGCCAGUCAUGAUUUGUUACUGGUUGAGUUUUACGCUCCAUGGCAAGUUCCCUUAGUAGACUCACUAACAUAUUGAUAAUGACUUUAAAACAAAGGGCAUUUGACUAUUCCAUUAUUUACUUAGACUGUCCGACCUGACCUAUUUAUAGUUUUGAUUUACAUCAUAAUAAUUCUUGCAUUAUUUUAGUUUUGUUAAAAAUUAUUAUGAUACUUAAAUUAUUUCAACUGAGGAAGAUGUUGUAAAUGUAUAGAAAUUUCAACGUGGAUGUUGAAUCUUUUAUCAGACUAAGUUUGCUGAAUCGUCUUACGUCUGCCUUUAUGUUCAGGUGUGGUCACUGCAAGAGAUUGGCACCCACAUAUGAAAAGGCGGCAAAGACACUGUUGAAAAAUGAUCCUCCUAUUCCACUUGCCAAAGUGGAUGCCACGAAAGAAACUGACCUGGCACAAAAGUACCAAAUUGAAGGGUACCCGACUCUCAAAAUAUUUCGCAAAGGAAACCCUAGUCCUUACAAUGGAAAAACUGACUCUGAAUAUGGUAUGAAUUUGAUCUCUAGUCUCACUUUAUAGUCAGGUCUCAUGCUUAGAAGUUUAAUUGAUAUCCAGAAUAAAAUAGCAAAACGGUAGUAAAAAGAUUCUUUUAAUCAUUCUUGUUUCGACUUUUUAUGAUGACGCAUCCACAUUAUUCAUUGACCUAAUCAAAUGUUAACCCACUGCACACUCCAUCAGUGAAGAAUUUUAAUAAAGUAUGUGUUGUUGAGUCAUUUAAAUAUUUUAGAACAUUUCGAAAACUCUGGCGACCUAGAACACCUAGAGAGCACGGUGAAACACACACAAAAAAACACUGCUAUCAUCUAAUGCUUCCUGGUCUAUUUCCUAAGUCUUGCCAUUGGAUUAAAUGUGCAAGGACAAGAGAGUGAGGCUCAUGAGCCACUCUCCCUCACUUUAAACAAAAUCCAGCUCAAUUCAAGGCCAUAACUCAAGUCCAAAAUUGCUUUGGUCAUCCUGGCGUCAGAAGGAUGAGCAAUUAAAAUGAUAAAUGUAUGAGCACCAUUUGUGUGGAGGCUUAGUGCUACAAAAUGAUCUCAUCUGCCCCCAAAUCCUGGGUGGAAUCAACUGAUCAGCUUAACAACAUAUUCUUUAUGCUUUUUGGAAAAACCCUAACAAUGAAACACAGAAGUUACCAUCUAAUGAGUUGUUAGGAAGAAGACAUCCCAAAUUAUCUGACACACUGAAACCAAAUUUUAAAAAAACUCACUUUUUCAGAUUCAUAAGCUAAGAAAUGAUAGAUACAUAUCACUUUGAUUUUACGCUAAAUGAAUUUUUUUGUUGUCUUCCAACAGAUAUUGUAGUCUUCAUGAAGAACCAGGUCGGAGAUGGGGCUAAAGUCAUUAAAAAUGUCAAAGCAUUGAAAGAUUUCUUCUCAGUUGAUGACAUCACUGUGGUUGGAUUCUUUGAGUCCCAGGAUAAUCCUUUACUUAAACCUUAUAAGGAUGUGGGUAAGAACCUGAACAAUAGCUUUAUGUUCAAUUUGAAAUAUUAGCAAUACAUUGUGUUAUCAAUCUUAUAUGAUCUACUUAAACUGAAGUGAAAUCAUUCCAUCCAAGACAAAUAAAUUACCGGUACGUAUCUAUUAAAUGCAAAAAAUGUAGCUGUCUUCUGUAUGAUUUUGCUAUUAUCUAACAUCCAAUCAAUCUAUCAAAAUUGAACUGUUGUUACUCCAGCUGAAAUAAAAGACACGACAUAAUGUUAGGCCACGUGUUUCUUUGUCAAUGAUGACUGUUGGUUUAUAUUGGUUCGUCCACAUAUUAGGACGACAGCAAGGUUUAUUAUUUUAACUUGUUUUGGCAGCUGAUGAAAUCAGGGAUGAGUACUCAUUUGGUGUGACAUAUGAUGAAGAGGCAAGGAAGGCGUACAAGAUUCCUCCCAACUCUGUUGUGGUGUUUAAUGCUGAACGGUUUUACACUAAGUAUGAACAGAAAUGGUAUAUCCUGAAUAUAAAGGUAAGUUACAAACUAUCGUCUACCUCUACAAAUCUCAAUAUUUAGUAUUUUUAUUCUAUUAGUUAAAUUGUUUUUAUAUUUUUUUUAAUGAUGUUGCUGUCAAGAAUUAUUUGGUCUUGCUGCCAUGAUUUACUUGGUCUUACUAUCAUGAUUUAUUUGGUCUUACUGCCAAGAUUUACUUGGUCUUACUGUCAUGAUUUACUUGGUCUUACUGCCAAGAUUUACUUGGUCUUACUGUCAUGAUUUAUUUGGUCUUACUGCCAAGAUUUACUUGGUCUUACCCCCAUGAUUUAUUUUGUCUUACUGUCAUCAUUUAUUUGUCUUACCGUCAUCAUACUUUGUCUUACAGUCAUCAUUUGCUUUGUCUUACCGUCAUAUACUUUGUCUUACAGUUAUCAUUUGCUUUGUCUUACUGUCAUCAUAUACUUUGUCUUACAGACAUCAUUUACUUUUUUGGCCUUAUUUAUGCUAUGCCAUUUUGUCUUCAGUCUGACACCACAGCUGAUGAUGUGAAAGAGUUCAUUUCCAAACAUUCUCUGCCUUUGGUGGGUCAUUACUUCAGACCUCAAAUUAAUCGCUAUGAGAAUAAGAGACCAUUGUGUCUUGUUUUUUACUCCGUUGACUUCAGCUUUGAUCACAGGGAAGGUAAAUAAGUCAAAAAGUCUCGGUUGUGUUGGUCUACCUGACAUUUACUAACCAAUUAUCCAGGUGAAAUUUAUUGUUAAAUGUUUUAGUUACUAUUUUAAUUUUCAGACUUCAUAUGAGCAUACAAUUAAAUUAUCUUGUGCUUACAUUUAUUCAUGUAUAAUCCAGCCGACUUUGACAGGUAUGGUAGGCCUACAUUUCAUUGUUCAUCUCAUCUAAACAUCUAAAUAUUGUUAUAUCUUGACAGUGUAGUUGAAAGAUAUGUUGUCGUCAAAUCUUCCAGUCAAACUUGUCUAAUAAAAUUGGUGCCUACUGUAUUUCAGCCACACAGUUCUGGAGAGUUAAAGUGGCUUCGAUAGCCAGGAAGUUCCCAGAAAUCACCUUCGCCGUGGCUGAUGAUGAGACCAAUGCUAAACUUAUGGAGGACUUUGGUCUGUCAGAUUCAGGAGAGGAGAUCAACAUCGGAAUCUUUGGGGCUGACAAUAAAAAGUAUCGCAUGGAGCCCACGGAGGAGUUCGACACAGAGGAAAUUAUUGAGUUCUUAAAAAAGUUCAAAAAAGGUUAGUUUUCACUGGUCAGAAAAAUGGACUUCCUGAUAGAACAAAAAAGUCAUGAUGCAACUUAAACAGGAAAUCAGCUGAAUUCUCAGUCCCUAAUUUCUUACGUUUAUUAAAGUAGACGGACCCUUGGUAAGCGGGAUAGGCUAACUUUAAGUUUUAAAACUAGGGUAAAUUAAAGUUUUAAAACUAGGCUAAAUUAAAGUUUUAAAACUAGGCUAAAUUAAAGUUUUAAAACUAGGCUAAAUUAAAGUUUUAAAACUAGGCUAAAUUAAAGUAUUAAAGCUAGGCUAAAUUAAAGUUUUAAAACUAGGCUAAAUUAAAGUAUUAAAGCUAAGUUAAAUUAAAGUUUUAAAACUAGGCUAAAUUAAAGUAUUAAAGCUAAGUUAAAUUAAAGUUUUAAAACUAGGCUAAAUUAAAGUAUUAAAGCUAAGUUAAAUUAAAGUUUUAAAACUAGGCUAAAUUAAAGUAUUAAAGCUAAGUUAAAUUAAAGUUUUAAAACUAGGCUAAAUUAAAGUAUUAAAGCUAAGUUAAAUUAAAGUUUUAAAACUAGGCUAAAUUAAAGUAUUAAAGCUAAGUUAAAUUAAAGUUUUAAAACUAGGCUAAAUUAAAGUAUUAAAGCUAAGUUAAAUUAAAGUUUUAAAACUAGGCUAAAUUAAAGUAUUAAAGCUAAGUUAAAUUAAAGUUUUAAAACUAGGCUAAAUUAAAGUAUUAAAGCUAAGUUAAAUUAAAGUUUUAAAACUAGGCUAAAUUAAAGUAUUAAAGCUAAGUUAAAUUAAAGUUUUAAAACUAGGCUAAAUUAAAGUAUUAAAGCUAAGUUAAAUUAAAGUUUUAAAACUGUCAUUAAUAAGGCCUGACAACCCCUGAGGCGGCUCAUAUGUUGAAAAAAGCAACUAUCCUUUCUAUUAUCAUAAAGUUAUGAAUACACAAUUAAUUUCUCCUUUAAAUUUCUUUACUUUUUCUGUGGGCAAGCUGUACAUUUUUUGGACCCAUUUUUGUUUCUAGUAUUAUGAGUUGAUUUCAGUUAAUAAUUUCUUCAAUUUUUUUCAUAGCUGUUCCAAUGCCCUUGACCCGCUGACCCAAAUUUAAUUGGGCACUUGAUGUUUGAAACAUCACUGAUAUUUAUAGCUACAUCUUGGACAUAGAUCGUUUUUUACAGGUAAACUGAAGCCCCACAUCAAGUCACAGAGAGCUCCUAAAAAACAAACAGGGCCAGUAACUGUCGUAGUUGCCAACACCUUCAAUGAGAUUGUGCUUAAUCCAAAGAAAGACGUCCUCAUUGAACUCUAUGCCCCUUGGUGUGGACACUGCAAAAAGCUGGAGCCUAUCUACGCAGAGUUGGCCAAGAAGUUCAAAUCUGAGAAGAACCUGGUGAUAGCCAAGCUGGACGCCACGGCCAAUGAUCUUCCCGACUUGUACAGUGCGUCUGGCUACCCAACUAUUUAUUUUGCCCCCGCCAAUUGGAAAAAAAUUCUCCAGUAAAAUAUGAGGGAGAAAGAGAUCUAAAUGGUUUUGAGAAGUUCUUGAAGGAGCAUGCAACAGUUUCCUUUGGUAAAAUUGGUAAAGAUGAGUUGUGAUCUCAUGUAAAUCCAGUAGAUUUGCACAAGUAGUCAAGUAGCCUUUGGUUUGUUAUACAGGUACACUGCACAACAGUUUUUUUUUUUAUUUUAAUUUUUUAAAAUUAGAUUAAUAAGAUGACAUAUAAAUGAUGGAUCAUAUCAACUUACUAACAUAAUGUUUUUUUAAAUCUGAAUGUUUAGACUUGUCUCCCUUUAUGGAUGAUAUAAUAUUUUUUGCUGGCCUUUGAUAAGAACCUCCUUAAAUGCCACAGAAGUGAGAUUUAGUCUCUACUUUUUUAAACUCUUAUUUAUAUAUAUAGGAAUAUUAAGGAUUUUAACAUUUUAUUUAGUAUCCUAAGACGUAUUGUGUAUCACAUUUUUACCAUCAUGCAUAUGAAUUUUAAACAUUUUUAUUGUGAAGACAAUGGUGGCAGUGUUCAUAGGAAGUGGAUGAACAAAUACUAUUUGAGUUAAUAAAGUAGACUUGAAAUACAAUUAGACUAGCUAGUUACAUAGUGAGUUGUUGUUGUUGAAUUAGAGUAUCUAGUGAGACAGUGAAGUAGUUAGUUGCAUUGUCUCUUCUGUUGUUUAAUGGCCACCUGUUUAAAAGGUUGCAUCUAAAUAGUUCAUGAUCCUUAUUUCAGUCAAGGUACCAUGUUAAUGAUAUGAAGAAAAUAGUUUAACUAGAACAAGAAUGCUAGCACUGAACCAGGCAAUAUUUAGUUUCUAGAAGAAAAUAACAUCUGAUUUCUUAUCUGAUUCUUGAUUAUAUGUAAUGUCAAGGUAUUAUGUCAUUAUAUUGUGUCAUUUUAUCUCAUUUUGGAAUGAUGUGCUUUCUUUGAUGUGCUCAGUUUGUAAGUACCGGUAGAUCUUUUGCCCCUACUUCCAGGUGAACAUUGUGUAAGUCAGUGUGCUCAUUCACAUCAAUGUAGUUGACUCAUCUUGAGACUUGGGCUGCACUAAAUGCUGAUGUCUUGGUUAAGUCAGUGUGCUCAUUCACAUCAAUGUAGUUGACUCAUCUUGAGACUUGGGCUGCACUAAAUGCUGAUGUCUUGGUUAAGACAGUGUGCUCAUUCACAUCAAUGUAGUUGACUCAUCUUGAGACUUGGGCUGCACUAAAUGCUGAUGUCUUGGUUAAGUCAGUGUGCUCAUUCACAUCAAUGUAGUUGACUCAUCUUGAGACUUGGGCUGCACUAAAUGCUGAUGUCUUGGUUAAGACAGUGUGCUCAUUCACAUCAAUGUAGUUGACUCAUCUUGAGACUUGGGCUGCACUAAAUGCUGAUGUCUUGGUUAAGUCAGUGUGCUCAUUCACAUCAAUGUAGUUGACUCAUCUUGAGACUUGGGCUGCACUAAAUGCUGAUGUCUUGGUUAAGACAGUGUGCUCAUUCACAUCAAUGUAGUUGACUCAUCUUGAGACUUGGGCUGCACUAAAUGCUGAUGUCUUGGUUAAGUCAGUGUGCUCAUUCACAUCAAUGUAGUUGACUCAUCUUGAGACUUGGGCUGCACUAAAUGCUGAUGUCUUGGUUAAGACAGUGUGCUCAUUCACAUCAAUGUAGUUGACUCAUCUUGAGACUUGGGCUGCACUAAAUGCUGAUGUCUUGGUUAAGUCAGUGUGCUCAUUCACAUCAAUGUAGUUGACUCAUCUUGAGACUUGGGCUGCACUAAAUGCUGAUGUCUUGGUUAAGAAUGUCAUAUACCUAAAGUAUUAUUUUUAAAACAUAACAUUUGGUCCUGCCGUUGAAUAAUUCAUCUCAUACUGUGAUUAUAAAGGGGCUUCAUGGAGCGAACAUUUUAACACUCCAUUUCACCAACAACAUUUCACAGGGUUCCCGCGGCCUCCUGAAAUUCCAGGAGCUCCUGGAAAUCUCCUGGAAUUUGAAAACAAAUGAUAAAAUCCUGGAAAACUCCUUAAAUUUUAAAAUUUCUCCUGAAAUGUCCUGAAAUUUUUGUUUCCACAGAGGGAGGGGGAAAAAAAAUGGUCGCGAUAGUUAUUUUAUAAAUUAAUAUUACCGCUAUAUUCAAUUCGUAGUCUAUUUUUAGCCAUUCAUUUUAUCAAAACGAGUUUGCCAUAAUAAUUAUAGUGGUUUCCCCUUAACUGCGCAUGCGCUUUACGAGUUUCGGAUAUGAAAUGUCGUACCGUAAUGCUUUGAUAGACAAGAAGUUUUUUUCGUUCCGUUCAGUUCGCCGUUCAACUAAUUUAUUUGGUAAGUAUAGUGUAAAAUACAGUAAAUAGAUAUUUAUCUGUAGUUAUUUAAAUUUUUGGUAACUAUUAUUAGUAUUAUGAAUAGAAAACUACGCGCCCGAUCGCUGUAUAAUUUGACUAAGCUUAGCCUAAUUUUUUUUUAAAGUUGAAGUUUUGUUAGUUUUACCGUAGGUUGUCCAAACUGGAGAAAGCGUAGUUUUAGUUUUGGGGUCAUUUUCCGAAGUUUUCAAAAACAAAAAUUAACCUACUUAUAUAGUAGUUUUAAAGGAGUACAAUUGAUAUGAAUAUGUGAAUAAAGUUUAAGUCUUUAUCUGACGAAUUAUCUUACUUUUAUGUCUUUAACACGAGUUUGAAAAGUAUCAGUUUUGACCAUUAUAUUAUACGGCGAUACGGCGUUUUCGCGAGUAUGGUGUUGCAAACGCUCGCGGCUUUUACAGUUAGCAAAGAAGAUGAAAUUGAUUUUUAUUUAUAAAUAUUAACAAAAGGUAGUAAGUAGUAGGCCUUUUUUAUAACAAUUAUAUUGACACAUAUUUUUUUAAACAUAGUUUAUAGUGAGUGCUAGGCCUUUUUGUAAGUUAAGUUUAGUUAGGCCUUCUAAAUAGGAGAAUACUAAAUAAAAAAAGUUAUGUUAUGUUAUUUUUGCAUGUUGUAGCAUAGUUUACGAUGACUUCAAAAAUGACUUCGGAACUUCAUUUUAAAGUUAUUAAAACUAGCUGAUGCAACCAUUGAGCUUCACAUAACUUUACAUAGUUAGUCCUUAUUUAUACACGUAGUUAAAAAUUAAGUGAUGCACCCCUGUGCUCUAGGUAUAGGCAUACUUUGCGGUAUUAUAAGCAUAGUUGGCUUGGGAAGGGGGGGGGGAGACUUCCGAAAUUUAAAAAAAAAAAGUGGUUGCUUGGUCGCUGACCCAUUCCCCUGUUUAAAAUCCGGACUAAGCCGUUACAUAGGCAUAUGCCUAUAUUAGUUUCUCUUCUGACUCUCUCUGUAUUAUUAUUAAUUUAGUACCAGUAUAACUUAUAAUAUAGUCAAUAUUAUAGACCUAAUAUGAUAAUAAAUUAAUUCUAUUUUAUUUCACUAUUCAAGGUCUAGGGUAAAUAAAUGCCCAACGGUUCCUUUGAGGACUGAUAAUUAAGAUAGCAAUCCUGAUUGAACAAGCCAUCACUGCUACUCUAUACUAGAUAUUGACUCUGAACUGAGUCAAUCCCAAGCUAGUGGCUAGUGUACUGGAGUUCUAUCCCCAGAAAAUGCCUAGACAAGCAAAAACAUCACCAGCAUGCCGGGUAGAUGGAACUCGUUAACUUUGAAUGGCAACUCAACUUGGAGAAGGAAAACUAUGAAAUCAAACCCGGAGAUGGAGACCCGUAGACAUUAUGACAUUGACUCAAUGAAAAUUCUGACAAAAUCCUAUGACGUAGAAAGCAUAAAGAGCAUAGUGAAACACACACACACUCAAUCUGGUAAUCUACUGCAUCCUGAUCUAUAUCCAGUCGUCUUGACUAAUCUUACCAUUGAAUCAAAUAGGCAACGACGAGAGAGUGGCUCUGGCGAAUUGAGCAACUCUCCCUAAAUUUCAACAAAAUACAGCUCACGUCACGUCUUAGGGAUCUUUAUGAGUACAGGAAAAAACAAAAAUACUGUAAAUAUAUGAAGUAUAUUUGCAGGACAGUUCUCGGAUGCCAUGAAAAUUAGGGGAAAAUGAUCAACAAUGAUAAACAACAAUCAUCUGAGUCUUCCUCUAGUUCAACUUCAGUUUUUUCACCUACCUCGGGUGUCCACUUGUCUGCCUUUAUGUUCAGGUGUGGUCACUGCAAGAGAUUGGCACCCACAUAUGAAAAGGCGGCAAAGACACUGUUGAAAAAUGAUCCUCCUAUUCCACUUGCCAAAGUGGAUGCCACGAAAGAAACUGACCUGGCACAAAAGUACCAAAUUGAAGGGUACCCGACUCUCAAAAUAUUUCGCAAAGGAAACCCUAGUCCUUACAAUGGAAAAACUGACUCUGAAUAUGGUAUGAAUUUGAUCUCUAGUCUCACUUUAUAGUCAGGUCUCAUGCUUAGAAGUUUAAUUGAUAUCCAGAAUAAAAUAGCAAAACGGUAGUAAAAAGAUUCUUUUAAUCAUUCUUGUUUCGACUUUUUAUGAUGACGCAUCCACAUUAUUCAUUGACCUAAUCAAAUGUUAACCCACUGCACACUCCAUCAGUGAAGAAUUUUAAUAAAGUAUGUGUUGUUGAGUCAUUUAAAUAUUUUAGAACAUUUCGAAAACUCUGGCGACCUAGAACACCUAGAGAGCACGGUGAAACACACACAAAAAAACACUGCUAUCAUCUAAUGCUUCCUGGUCUAUUUCCUAAGUCUUGCCAUUGGAUUAAAUGGGCAAGGACAAGAGAGUGAGGCUCAUGAGCCACUCUCCCUCACUUUAAACAAAAUCCAGCUCAAUUCAAGGCCAUAACUCAAGUCCAAAAUUGCUUUGGUCAUCCUGGCGUCAGAAGGAUGAGCAAUUAAAAUGAUAAAUGUAUGAGCACCAUUUGUGUGGAGGCUUAGUGCUACAAAAUGAUCUCAUCUGCCCCCAAAUCCUGGGUGGAAUCAACUGAUCAGCUUAACAACAUAUUCUUUAUGCUUUUUGGAAAAACCCUAACAAUGAAACACAGAAGUUACCAUCUAAUGAGUUGUUAGGAAGAAGACAUCCCAAAUUAUCUGACACACUGAAACCAAAUUUUAAAAAAACUCACUUUUUCAGAUUCAUAAGCUAAGAAAUGAUAGAUAUAUAUCACUUUGAUUUUACGCUAAAUGAAUUUUUUUGUUGUCUUCCAACAGAUAUUGUAGUCUUCAUGAAGAACCAGGUCGGAGAUGGGGCUAAAGUCAUUAAAAAUGUCAAAGAAUUGAAAGAUUUCUUCUCAGUUGAUGACAUCACUGUGGUUGGAUUCUUUGAGUCCCAGGAUAAUCUUUUACUUAAACCUUAUAAGGAUGUGGGUAAGAACCUGAACAAUAGCUUUAUGCUCAAUUUGAAAUAUUAGCAAUACAUAGUGUUAUCAAUCUUAUAUGAUCUACUUAAACUGAAGUGAAAUCAUUUCGUACAAGACAAAUAAAUUACCGCUACUGAUUUAUUAUCUGCAAAAAAAUUAGCGGUCUUCUGUGUGAUUUUGCUAUUAUCUAACAUCCAAUCAAUCUAUCAAAAUUGAACUGUUGUUACUCCAGCUGAAAUAAAAUACACCACAUAAUGUUAGGCCAUGAUCAUUAUUGGUUUAUAUUGGUUCGUCCACAUAUUAGGACGACAGCAAGGUUUAUUAUUUUAACUUGUUUUGGCAGCUGAUGAAAUCAGGGAUGAGUACUCAUUUGGUGUGACAUAUGAUGAAGAGGCAAGGAAGGCGUACAAGAUUCCUCCCAACUCUGUUGUGGUGUUUAAUGCUGAACGGUUUUACACUAAGUAUGAACAGAAAUGGUAUAUCCUGAAUAUAAAGGUAAGUUACAAACUAUCGUCUACCUCUACAAAUUUCAAUCUUUAAUAUUUUUAUUCCAUUAUUUAAAUUGUUUUUAUAUUUUCUUAACGAUAUUACUGUCAAGAAUUAUUUGGUCUUGCUGCCAUGAUUUACUUGGUCUUACCGCCAAGAUUUAUUUUGUCUUACUGUCAUCAUUUAUUUGUCUUACCGUCAUCAUACUUUGUCUUACAGUCAUCAUUUGCUUUGUCUUACCGUCAUAUACUUUGUCUUACAGUUAUCAUUUGCUUUGUCUUACUGUCAUCAUAUACUUUUUCUUACAGACAUCAUUUACUUUUUUGGCCUUAUUUAUGCUAUGCCAUUUUGUCUUCAGUCUGACACCACAGCUGAUGAUGUGAAAGAGUUCAUUUCCAAACAUUCUCUGCCUUUGGUGGGUCAUUACUUCAGACCUCAAAUUAAUCGCUAUGAGAAUAAGAGACCCUUGUGUCUUGUUUUUUACUCCGUUGACUUCAGCUUUGAUCACAGGGAAGGUAAAUAAGUCAAAAAGUCUCGGUUGUGUUGGUCUACCUGACAUUUACUUACCAAUUAUCCAGGUGAAAUUUAUUGUUAAAUGUUUUAGUUACUAUUUGAAUUUUCAGACUUCAUAUGAGCAUAAAAUUAAAUUAUCUUGUGCUUACAUUUAUUCAUGUAUAAUCCAGCCGACUUUGACAGGUAUGGUAGGCCUACAUUUCAUUGUUCAUCUCAUCUAAACAUCUAAAUAUUGUUAUAUCUUGACAGUGUAGUUGAAAGAUAUGUUGUCGUCAAAUCUUCCAGUCAAACUUGUCUAAUAAAAUUGGUGCCUACUGUAUUUCAGCCACACAGUUCUGGAGAGUUAAAGUGGCUUCGAUAGCCAGGAAGUUCCCAGAAAUCACCUUCGCCGUGGCUGAUGAUGAGACCAAUGCUAAACUUAUGGAGGACUUUGGUCUGUCAGAUUCAGGAGAGGAGAUCAACAUCGGAAUCUUUGGGGCUGACAAUAAAAAGUAUCGCAUGGAGCCCACGGAGGAGUUCGACACAGAGGAAAUUAUUGAGUUCUUAAAAAAGUUCAAAAAAGGUUAGUUUUCACUGGUCAGAAAAAUGGACUUCCUGAUAGAACAAAAAAGUCAUGAUGCAACUUAAACAGGAAAUCAGCUGAAUUCUCAGUCCCUAAUUUCUUACGUUUAUUAAAGUAGACGGACCCUUGGUAAGCGGGAUAGGCUAACUUUAAGUUUUAAAACUAGGCUAAAUUAAAGUUUUAAAACUAGGCUAAAUUAAAGUUUUAAAACUAGGCUAAAUUAAAGUUUUAAAACUAGGCUAAAUUAAAGUUUUAAAACUGUCAUUAAUAAGGCCUGACAACCCCUGAGGCUCAUAUGUUGAAAAAAGCAACUAUCCUUUCUAUUAUCAUAAAGUUAUGAAUACACAAUUAAUUUCUCCUUUAAAUUUCUUUACUUUUUCUGUGGGCAAGCUGUACAUUUUUUGGACCCAUUUUUGUUUCUAGUAUUAUGAGUUGAUUUCAGUUAAUAAUUUCUUCAAUUUUUUUCAUAGCUGUUCCAAUGCCCUUGACCCGCUGACCCAAAUUUAAUUGGGCACUUGAUGUUUGAAACAUCACUGAUAUUUAUAGCUACAUCUUGGACAUAGAUCGUUUUUUACAGGUAAACUGAAGCCCCACAUCAAGUCACAGAGAGCUCCUAAAAAACAAACAGGGCCAGUAACUGUCGUAGUUGCCAACACCUUCAAUGAGAUUGUGCUUAAUCCAAAGAAAGACGUCCUCAUUGAACUCUAUGCCCCUUGGUGUGGACACUGCAAAAAGCUGGAGCCUAUCUACGCAGAGUUGGCCAAGAAGUUCAAAUCUGAGAAGAACCUGGUGAUAGCCAAGCUGGACGCCACGGCCAAUGAUCUGCCCGACUUGUACAGUGCGUCUGGCUACCCAACUAUAUAUUUUGCCCCCGCCAAUGGGAAAAAUUCUCCAGUAAAAUAUGAGGGAGAAAGAGAUCUAAAUGGUUUUGAGAAGUUCUUGAAGGAGCAUGCAACAGUUUCCUUUGGUAAAAUUGGUAAAGAUGAGUUGUGAUCUCAUGUAAAUCCAGUAGAUUUGCACAAGUAGUCAAGUAGCCUUUGGUUUGUUAUACAGGUACACUGCACAACAGUUUUUUUUUUUAUUUUAAUUUUUUAAAAUUAGAUUAAUAAGAUGACAUAUAAAUGAUGGAUCAUAUCAACUUACUAACAUAAUGUUUUUUUAAAUCUGAAUGUUUAGACUUGUCUCCCUUUAUGGAUGAUAUAAUAUUUUUUGCUGGCCUUUGAUAAGAACCUCCUUAAAUGCCACAGAAGUGAGAUUUAGUCUCUACUUUUUUAAACUCUUAUUUAUAUAUAUAGGAAUAUUAAGGAUUUUAACAUUUUAUUUAGUAUCCUAAGACGUAUUGUGUAUCACAUUUUUACCAUCAUGCAUAUGAAUUUUAAACAUUUUUAUUGUGAAGACAAUGGUGGCAGUGUUCAUAGGAAGUGGAUGAACAAAUACUAUUUGAGUUAAUAAAGUAGACUUGAAAUACAAUUAGACUAGCUAGUUACAUAGUGAGUUGUUGUUGUUGAAUUAGAGUAUCUAGUGAGACAGUGAAGUAGUUAGUUGCAUUGUCUCUUCUGUUGUUUAAUGGCCACCUGUUUAAAAGGUUGCAUCUAAAUAGUUCAUGAUCCUUAUUUCAGUCAAGGUACCAUGUUAAUGAUAUGAAGAAAAUAGUUUAACUAGAACAAGAAUGCUAGCACUGAACCAGGCAAUAUUUAGUUUCUAGAAG